UUUUCCAGAUGUGCCACAGACUCGAGACAGACCGGAACGAUUAUUCAGUCUGGCACUGGCCGUUUGUUAGCACUACCACGACUGUCAGCCUGGGACGCCGAGAGAAAUCACUUUGCUUGUAAGUGGAGCUUGCGGCCUGGAGCAGAAGUGUUAUAGUUCAUGGCGGUGACCCGGACGGGAAUCCGCUGGCUGCAAAGGGCGGAAGACGUGGGGGAGGAGGUCACCCGCCGCUGCCGCCCCUUCCUGCCCUCGGUGGCCCGCUCAUGCCUGGUGGCCACCUUCUUCGAGGACGCCCUUCGCAUGUGGUUCCAGUGGGUGGAGCAGCAGGCUUUCCUGCAAGACCGCCAUCAGUGCUCCGCCACCCUUGCGGUGGCCAUAGUCCUACUGAAUCUGGUUGGCCAACUGGCGGGCUGUGCCUUGAUUCUGCUGCACCUCUUUACUAACUUUGCGGUCACCAUGCUGGCCGGCCUAGUGUUGCUUCAGGUUCACAUAUAUGAAGUGCCACUUCAGAUGCACCUGCUGCUCCGAAAUUUCUCGCUGCUCGGAGGCCUACUUCUUCUCCAUGUGGAAUGCAAGGAGGCUGCGGUAUGCCGGCUCUACGGCGCAGGAGCGGGAUUGCCUUUUAUUGUGGGCCAGCGAUCCCAACAACUGAUGCAGCUCACCGGAAGGAUCCUGCUGGCCCUGAUGUAUCUGACCUUGUUCCAGCAGUAUCUCACAAUUGCUGCCAUGAUCUUGAAUUGCUUUGGCCUGAUCCUGAUGGCGUUCGUCGUUAUGGGCUAUCGCACCCGACUGGCUGCUUUGUGUCUUUCGCUAAUCCUGACCGUGUGGAAUGUGACCACAAAUGCCUGGUGGUUCGCAGAAGGCGACACCAGGGACCUGCUCAAGUACAAUUGCUUUCACACUCUAUCGGUGGUGGGUGGUCUACUGAUGGUUGUGGCCUUGGGUCCUGGAGAAGUAUCCCUCGAGCAGUACAAAAAACACUGGUAGUUGUAGUCGCUUUAAUGUACAUUUUAAGAUCGAACGCAGAAGAUUAUCAAAAUAUAAACAUUUUCCCUGACUAAAAA